UUUUUAAAAAAAAAGGAGCUCCCAACAAAAACGAAAAAGAGGAGAGGAAGUUGGAGAGAGGGGGAAGACAGAAUGGAGGGAAAUCGAUCUCCUCCGACACGAUCGUACAAAUCGUACGAAGGAGAUCGAAACCUCGAACUAGUUGACCCCAAAGCCCUCAAACCCGUACGAGGAAUCUACGUCGUCAGAGAAUCCAUCAAGUCACGGUCUCAACCGUCGAACUCCAACACUUGGCAGAAGAUCUCGUACAAACAGCCGUCGUCUCUAUCUUCUAUUAAACAAAAGAGAUCUUCCCAUUCGACCUCCAUAAAAGGGUGGUGGAAUGAUCCGGAGGCGAAGAGGAAGAGACGUGUGGCGAAGUAUAAGUUUUAUUCGGCGGAGGGGAAAGUGAAGACGACGUUGAAAAGAGGGUACCGGUGGAUCAAGAACCAAUGUUCCAAGAUUAUCCAUUCAAUAUAGAAUCCUCCACAUAGCAAAAAAAAAAAAAAAAAAA